AUGGAGGAAAUAAACCAAAGCGGAAUAAUAAACAAAUCCUUAUGGGAUCAAGACCGUUUCAGAAGCUUGGAGGACAUCGAUGUUAGCGCCGAUGGAACUCCAGUUUUGAGAUUCUUGAUCUCUGCCACGUAUUCCAUUGUGUGCGCUGUGGGUCUUGUUGGAAACUUGCUCGUGUUGUUUUUCAUUAAGGUUCGACAAGAGAGGCGCAAGUCCAAGAUUAACUUUUUCAUACUUAAUUUAGCCGCUACAGACUUACAGUUUGUACUGACUUUGCCAUUUUGGGCAGUGGAUACUGCUUUGGACUUCAGCUGGCCAUUUGGCGAUGCCAUGUGCAAGAUUGUCCUCUCGGUCACCGUCAUGAACAUGUACGCGAGUGUGUUUUUUCUGACGGCGAUGAGCAUCACUCGGUACUGGUCGGUUGCCUCUGCGCUCAAAGACCGGACCAGAAAGAGAUCCUGCUCGGUCAGGUGGGUCUGUAUGGCUCUUUGGGUUCUGGCCACGGCAGCCACCGCGCCAACAGCUAUUUUCUCAACGGUUACAAGUGUCGAGGGAGAGAAACUCUGUCUCCUUAAGUUUCCAGAGGGACAUCACUGGUUGGCUCUCUAUCACCUACAAAAGAUUUUAAUAGCAUUUGUUAUUCCUAUGGUCAUUGUGUCAAUCAGCUAUUUGAUGUUAGUCAGACUCAUCCGUCGUUGCAGCAUGAAGAACAAUUCAAGGAGGAUAACACAAGUCACCAAGUCGGUCACUAUUGUCGUCCUAUCGUUCUUUCUGUGCUGGAUGCCUAACCAUGCCAUUACAUUCUGGGGUGUCUUGGUGAAAUUCAAUGCCGUUUACUUUGAUAAGACAUACUACAUGGUUCACACGUAUGUGUUCCCAGUGACUGUGUGCCUUGCUCAUGCCAACAGCUGUUUGAACCCCAUAAUUUACUGCCUCAUGCGGAAGGAGUUUAGGACAAAACUGAGGGCUUUGAUCUCCUGCAAAUGA